AUGGUUGCGGCCAUGAUGGAACAUGUUCGUCUGUCUGCGCUCUCUCUGUGCAUAUCACCUGGCAUCACCGCGAAAACCAAAGGCCUGACAGACUAUGCCAUUCGUUAUCAUCUUCAUUCCUUGGUUCGCAAAAUCGACGUCCUGUGCAAAGCGUUCGACGAGCUUCGGCUCUCCGCAGACAACCACAAGCUGAGUGAUCAUACUCAGAUCUACCUCAAAUUCAUCAAUCUGGCGCCCGUACUUACCACGAUUGCCGCGAACGACAUAAAGAGACUUAACUGGUGCACCACGGUCGAUACCGUCCAGGUCCCUCAGUUUACUUCGCAAUGGAGACCCACGGCAAUGCAUGUCCUAUGGAUCACUUCAACCACCAUGAAUGGAAAUAUCCUGCCCGCAGUGUACUUUCUUGGUCUCUUCAUGCUGGAACAGUACCGCUUUCUCGAGGUCCAAGAAGCUUGCAUAUUCGACGCGGAAGAACACGCCAUGAAACAGUGUCCACUGGUUGCAUUCAAAGCACCUGGCGGAGACGCUACCGAUGAUCAGCAAGAUAUGGGGCAUGAUUGUGCCAUUUGUCAGGUGGAGGCCAUUGGCAAAGCGGAAUACGUCUACAAUUUACCUUGCAAUCAUCAGUUCCACAGAUGGUGCCUGAUCGUCUGGUUGAUUCGCGAGAGCCGCUCACGCUGUCCGCUAUGUCGAUACCAGAUUCUCAUCAAUGGUGUCUGUCGACCAGCAUUGGGGUCGGGCUUAAGAUAUGGCAAUGACGCGAUGUGUUAG